UUCAUGUCGUUGAACUUUCGAAAAAGAAGAAAAAAAUAGUUUUGAGCAGCAUUUGAUUUUGCAAGGAAGCCAUUUUAAAACAGCCUUAAACCUUCGAAAGCCAUGAGUAAAGGCCGAAAACAGCGGAUGGAUCGCACUGUAAAUGUGUCAACGCAAGAUACUCCCAAGAGACGCAGUACUCCUCGCUCAGCUGGCAAAAGGGAAUCUCCAGAAAUGGAGAAACGACAACGUUCUCGAGUGGUCAAGCGGCCAAGUGUAAGCCAACAGCAAGAUACUUUAUUCAGUGAUGAUGACAGCGAUCCGUUGGUCCAUUGUGAUAACGAUCAAAAUAUCACUAAUGACACCCCAACAUUUGAAGAUAAGCCGGAACACUUGUAUGGCUUAGAUAAUCCAACAAAAGUAGUGACAGAAGGCAAAGAUGAAAGUGAGAAUGCCCAGGCCAAACCUAUAACUAAACAUCUCAGGAAAUGUUCAGCAGUUUUCAUUGUUUGUCUCUGCUUAAUUUUUCUGGUGGCUUUGACUGGAUUACUCUCAGACCAUCUGAACCAAAAGCAACAGCAUGGAGAUGAUAAAACAGAAAUAACACUGUUGAAAAAUCGCAUUCGUAAACUGGAACAAGCACAGUCCAAUCAAGGCAUACAAUUUUCUUUCAAAGCAUUCCAAGACCAUGCUUACCAGAAAGUUUUACUUAAAGACCAGUCCAAAACCUGCGAAGGAAAACCCGUGGAAAAUAUAAUUGAAGAAGCACUUCGUCGUUGGGACGCGGACAAGAUUGGUAUCCCCGAUUACGCCUUGGAAUCAGCAGGUGGUCAGAUACACGGUGCAAAUCACUCUCCUACCUUCGCUAAUGGAGCCAUUCCUCAAGUGUUAGUCUUUGGUAUCCCUGUGUGGUAUGACGUCAAGCUACCAAGGGUGAUCAUUCAGCCUGGAAAUACCCCCGGAGAAUGUUGGGCUUUUCAAGGAAGCUCUGGUUUUAUAGUUCUCAAGCUUUCCCGUUUGAUCAAACCCACUUCUUUCACGUUGGAACACAUGGCUACAACUCUGUCCCAGUUUGAGGAUCACAGUAUUCCAAGUGCUCCUAGAGAAUUCACGGUCUGGGGGUGGGCUGAUGCUCGUGGUAAUGAAAAGGCACUCCUGGGCGAAUAUGUGUAUAAUGAUGGAGGACACGCCCUUCAAAAUUUUCCUGUGCAGGCGACCAUCGUACCAGAAUUUCGAUAUAUUGAGCUCAAAGUGCUCUCCAACUAUGGAAAUCCUGUCUUUACCUGCCUGUACAGAUUCAGAGUGCAUGGACUACCGUACAAAACAAAUAACUGAUACACACGUUUAAUCAAAUUUGCAAAGUAGGAACAGUUAUGUAAUGUAUAUAUAAUUCAAAUUGCGUGUAAAGAAUGUAAAUGGGAACGUUUAUUCUUAGUAUUGGCUUCUACUUUGUUGCUUAUAGUAUAACCGUGUAGAGAAAUUCUUGAUUGUAUACUUUGUUUCUGCUAAGUGAUUUGUCUUUGAAAUUCACACCGAGUCCUCGACCAAUCAGACACGAAACUAAAACUAGAGAUGACCACGCCAUGUACCUUUCCAGUGCUUGAAGUAGUUCAUUCGUUUUAUCUUUAUCUCAAGAUCUCAUUGUUUCCUUGUGAUACAAUUCUUUGUCAGAAGUUGAACGUCGUGUGCCGCUUGAUUUUGUAACACUUAAUCGAAAAGUGCUCUACCGAAGUAACUGUGAGUAACCAGCUGCCUAUCAAAAAAAAAAAAAAAAAAAACAAAGAAAAAAUAGAACACUAAAGGGGUUAGCUGAAUAA